AACCGUUAUGUAUGAGCGCAUUUUUUGAAAAGAUAACGGUUUUGACAAAAAACCGUUAUCUAUGUACUGUUGUCCAUUGAAAUAGAUAACGGUUUUAGUGAAUCCGUUAUGUAUGAGCGUUAUCUAUUAAUUGCAUACAUAACGGUAUUAUCGAACCGUUAAGCCGACCGUUAUCUAUGAGCGUCUUUUUAUAACGGUUGUUUUAACCGUUAUAUAUGAGUGCUUCAACACUGUUAUGUAUGAGUAUUCUUUACAUUUAUCUUUUAUAUUUUUUUUUUUGAUCUCCUCAAGAUAAUAAAAUCCUAAAAUCCUAAAUCUUCUUCUCUUCGUUCCCGUAAGCCCUAAAAUCCUAAAUCCCAAAAACACCACCUUCAGCCGCCCCACAAAUUCUCCCUCUGGCCUCCGUGGCAACGACGAGAACCCCGCCGCGACUCGCCACCUGCCCCCGCCGCGUCCUUGCUUCCUCUGCCACCCACCGCGGCCCGCCACUCCUCUUUUGUGAUAAAGCCCUAAAUCAAAACUUAAUUCAAAUUCGAGUUCAAUCAAACUCGUCACUCCCCGUCGCUGCUCUGUUCUGUGGCUCUCGAAGUCGCCGGCCGCCGCUGUCCAUACCUCCCCCCCUGAUGAUUCUCGUAUCUCUCUCACUCUUCCCGGCGCAGCAAAUUAGCUCCACUCGUCCCCGACCCAACAAGACAGUAGAUCGAUUCCACUCUGCCCAGUCCCGUCGUUUCCUGCACCACUUCGGAGCUCCGAUGCUCAGCCCUUUCUCGUAUCCCCGCCUCCGACGCGGGUAGCCUUCAGGUCAGGCUGCGGUUACUUCUUUGUCCAUUUGGUUCCAAUAUUGUAGUUCGUACAGCAUGGUUGUAGUAUGUGAAGGGAAAGAGAGAUGCUCCUUCACAUAUUUUGACUUCGAAAACCAAAAAUUUCAUUUAUUUGCUAAAAUAGGGAUCUUGACUUCGAAAACCUGCAUGCUCAUUUGUUAUACCAGCAACAAAUUCCCUACCGAUUAUAUCCCAACAGUAUUUGACAAUUUUAGUGCUAAUGUGGCUGUAGAUGGCAACAUUGUCAACUUAGGACUCUGGGAUACUGCAGGGCAAGAAGAUUACAGCAGGUUGAGGCCACUCAGUUACAGAGGUGCUGACAUUUUUGUGUUGGCUUUCUCUUUAAUUAGUAGGGCUAGCUAUGAAAAUGUCCUCAAGAAGGUAUACAUUUCAUUUCCCCUUUCUGUCUGUGUGUCUUCUUUCUUUCUUGCAUAAGAGCUUCAUUAAUCAUUGGUUACACGUUUUCCCUGUGUAGAUCUCCGGGACGACAUGGGUUAUCUUGCUGAUCAUAUAGGAGGAUCUAACAUCAUCACCACAGCCCAAGGCGAGGAGCUGAGGAAACAGAUUGGUGCAGCAGCUUACAUAGAAUGCAGCUCCAAGACUCAACAGAAUGUGAAAGGUGUUUUUGAUACUGCAAUCAAGGUUGUGCUUCAACCUCCACGGAGAAAGGAAGUGGCGUCGCAGAAGAAGCGAAACACUACUGGCUGCUCAAUUGUGUAUGCCUCUGGGACUACUUCAAUAAGAAGAAGCAAACUAUAUUAAUUCCAUGGAGAAGAUGGUGCUAUUCUUGUCCCUGGUGGUGUAGUUAGUAUAAAAUUGGGCGAUAUGAAGAACCUAGUGCUUAUAUGGUGGGAGAAUUGUUAGACAUAAAUGUAUGUGAUAUUUAUGAAUAUUUGGAUGAUAAUGUAUGAAUAUUUUGGAUGUUAUACAAUAUAUGUUAUCGAUGGCAAUGUCAUUUUGUUGUUUUA